AUGGCAUCCCCUCAAGGCUACGCACAACGGCCUCAAAAUGCCGUGUCGGAGGCUCCAUCAAAGGUUUACCAGCCUGCUACUGCCGCCCCGGCUGUUUCCUACACACCCACGGAAAUCAACAUUCCUUCCAACUUAUACGACAAGGUACCAAACUUGAACCUCUACAAGAAGCUUCAGGAUGCUGAGAAACAAUUAGACUUGCUCAUAGCUCAGAAAGGAUUAGACUUCCAAUCCGUGCAAGCAUCUUCAAUGCAGCCAAAUAGCUUGAAGAGAGAGUCUGGUAUCUUACGUGUUUUCAUUUACAACACAUGUGAGAACCAGCCAUGGCAGAAGAACCAAUCUAGCGUGAAUGAUGGCCCAAAUAAUGAUUCAUCCUGGACUUUACGUGUGGAGGGCCGUUUCAUCACCGAUAACAAGGAUAAGUCUGAGACAGAGGACAUGAAAUUCAGCUCUUUCCUCUCUGGUAUCUCUAUUGAGAUUGUUCCAAAUAACGACUAUCAAUCCUUGCAGGGGAGUCAGUCAAAUGUGAUUGAAUGGCGUAAUGAAGCAGACAAUAACCAUGGCGCUAACCUGCAACUAAAAAACGGCUCUCCGCUGUGGCUGUUUGACGGCAUCGAUGUGAAGCGUCAGGGUGUAUUCCCCAUCAAGGUUAAGGUCGCUAUCUUAGCGAAGGACUAUACUUUCAAGCUCCUGGUGUCAGAAGAAAUGGCUCAAUUUACUGGUAAGCGCGAGGCCUCUCAGCAGGAGUUGAUUUACCUGGUUUGGCAGUACGUUUUGUUCAAGAAGUUGUUCAAGAAAGCUGAAAGCUACCCUAAUGUUCCAGCUGUCUCUGCUUCUUCGCUUUCAUCGCAAUCGCUUGGAUCACAAGGUGACGAGGAAACUGAUUUAUCUGUUGUCCAGUGUGACGAGGUGUUGAAGGGAUUGUUGAAGGUGGAUGCUUUCAAAUUCAAGGAUCUUUACCAAUUGAUUCAGCCUCACUUGCGUCCUCGCCAGCCUAUUGUUGUCGAGUACGAGGUGGACACGACAAGGUCUACCACAUUAGGUGAUGUUGUUAUCGAUAUCCCAGUUGAAUUAGCUUUGUCAAUGAGCAAGAUCGAGAAAGAGAUCAUCGAUGAAAAUAAGAAGGCUUUUGAAAGCAUGUCAAAAUCAGAUGAGCUCGUGCAAUACCUCAACCAGCGUAUUUCUCUUGGAAUUGUCGCUCUACAGAGUGCUAAUAACAGGGAACAAUUCUACAGAGACUUGAGCGAGGACCCAGUUGUCUUCAUCAAGAAAUGGUUGGAGAGCCAAGCUGAAACCUUAAAGGCAUUGAAGAGCGAGGAAGGUUUCAACGAGGAAGAAGUAAGAAAGGCCGAGUACUUCAAGGAACAUGAGCAAGAGUUAAGACAAAAGAUUGAUCUCAUGUUAGGUGCUCAGAAGAUUUGA